AUGAAGUUCCUCCUGGACAAAAUAAAACGGGCACUAUCCAGGAGGGGAAAUGUACAUGAUGGCCAAAUGAAGAAGGCGUCCGUGCGAAUAAAAAGGGAGAGCGCAGCUGUGGCCAGGAGGAUAAACCGAAUCCAUGGCUCAAGAAGCCCCCCACACAGAGUGGCCGAUCACACCGCAAGCACCUCAACGAACCGUUCUGAGUCCAACGAUCCCCCCGACGGACGCAGCAAUCACAUAAAUGUAUCCAUCCAGAACAUCCAGAGGAGCGAAACGAGACGCUACUACCUCACUCGCGCGAACAGAUUCGUCAAUGACGAUGGGCUAAAAGGCACCAUCCUGUCAGCAGUCCACUGUAGUGAGCAAAAGGUCCUCCUCUACCUCUUCGUCUUCUCCUUGUCCAACGUGGGCCCACACAUCAUAGAAACGAUAGGGAUAUAUGUUACUAAUCCAGCCACUGAAGAAACCGUGGUUAAGAAGACCGAGCUAAUCCUUGCCAAUGGAAACUCCACUGCGGACUACACCUCCGUUCGGGCCUUUUCCAACAUCAAGGUGGCAAUCAAAAUUGAAGAAAACAAGCAGGCUAGUGAUUAUGCGAGUGAAAACUCCUGCAUCCAAGAGUUACUCGUGGACAACAUGUUAUAUGCCUUUGAGUACAGACUGUGGAGAGACUAUGAAGGGUGUACUCAGCAUGCCAGUAAGGCUGCCCUGAGCGUCCCCCCAGCCCAGUAG